AUGAGGAAGGAUACUAGAGGGCAGAACUGUCCACUUGCAGGUCAGGGCUACAACAUCAAGGAGUUCAUGAGAAUGAACCCUCCGACUUUCAUAAUAGGACCUGAUCUAGUGGCUGCAGAGAAUUGGGUACAAGAGAUAGAGGAUACCAUGGUUGUACUCGACUGCACAGACGAGCAAAAGGUCCAUUGUGCCACAUUUAAGAUGAUCGGAGAUGCAAAACGCUGGUGGCUUUCUGCGAAGCUACUAGAGGAGCAGACGCUGGUAAAGAUAGCACUAACUUGGGAGCGAUUUAAAGAGUUGUUCUUUGAUAGGCAUUUCCCCUUAUCUAUCAGAGAGGAAAAGAUUGAAGAGUUUACUAACCUGACCCAGGGAAAUAUGACCGUUGGGGAGUAUGCAGCGAAGUUUGUGGAGCUAUCUCGCUUUGCACCAUUUUUUAUCCCGAACGAGGUAAAGAAGACCAGGAAAUUUGAAAAAGGCAUGAGACAUAGAAUUUAUGAACUGGUGGUGGGAUUCCAAGUCCAGAAUUUCUCAAACUUGGUUGAAAAGGCUUUAGUGCUGGAAAAGAGCAUCCAGAGCAGUACAGAACCUACAGAGCAGAAGAAGAGGCCUACACCAUCUAGUUUUCAGGCUGAGGUCAGUCAAGGAUCGUGGAAGAAAGGGAAAUAUGCAAUGGGCUUGAGGCAAGAGACAUGA